AUGGACUUCAGAACCAUAGCAAUAGUAAUAAUACUCUCACUUCAGAGUGCUCUAGGUCUUCUGGGAAACUUUUCCCUUCUUUUCUACUAUCUAAUCCUUUACUACAAUGAACACACAUUAAAAAUCAAAGACAUUAUUCUUGUACAUGUGUUUGCAUCCAACACACUGAUCAUUCUCUCCAGAGGAGUCCUUCAGAUAAUGAGAGCUAUUGCGUUGAACCAGUUCUUCAGUGAUGUCGGGUGCAAACUUAUAAUAUAUAUUUAUACACUUGGCAGGAAUAUGUACAUCACCAUCACCUGUCUCUUGAGUGUCUUUCAGGCAAUCACCAACAGCCCUAGGAACUUGUGCUGUAAUGAAUUUAAAAUCAAAACUACAAAGGUCAUGGGCCUGUCGAUUUCACUCUGCUGGAUCCUAUACAUGCUAGUAAAUAUGACUUUCACUGUGUGUACGCCUACUAAGAGGAAUAGCAAAAAUAAGACACAAAAGAGAGAUUUUCAAUUCUGCCAUUCUCCAGCCCAUGAAACAACAGUAGACUUGCUGUACGUUACACUUUUCAUAUUUCCUGAAGUCCUGUUUUCCCUUCUCAUUGUAUGUUCCAGCACCUUCAUGAUUAUCAUACUUUAUGGACACAAGAAGAGAGUUCAACACAUCCUCAGCACUCAUACUUUCCGCAAAACUUCCCGUGAAAACAGAGCCACAAAAACCAUCCUGGUUAUGGUGUGCACCUUUCUAGCUUUUUAUACACUCUCUUCCAUCUUACAAGGCUACAUUGCUCUUUCACAUAAUUCAAGUUGGUGGAAAAUGAGUAUCACAUCCAUUACUUCUCUAUGUUUUCCUAUGUUAGGCCCAUUUGUGAUGUAUUGUGAAUUCACUGUUUCUAGAUUCUGCUUUACCUAG